AUGAGUAUCGACCGCCCACAUCACCUCGUCCUCAAGAGCUCAAUCCCCUUCCUCCUCAACGACAAUCGGCAGCAGAGCCCCUACGAGCUCUACCUCCCCGCACCUCCUCGUCGUCAAUGGUCCGCGCCCACAGAGGUCAUUCACAUCCAGAUUGACGACGUCGAUGAGGUUCACCCCGCCGGCCAGACCUCCUGGUUGGAUGACAUCAAGAGCCGCGAGAGCGACAACGAAGACGAUGAGGAAUCCGGCUACAUGUACGAGAGCGAUGUCGCCCAGCCGCCCAACCUUCCCCCCAUCUCCUCAAUCCUGUUCACCCCCGAUCCGUCGGUUGGUGGCUCUCCGAGGUCCUCGCCCAUGUGCUCGCCCAGGGCAACCGCCGCUACUUCUUCAUCCACCACCGGCGUGCCUCUGUUCGGGAGCGUAACUUCCUCUGAGUCGUCCAGCUCCUCAUCCCCCCUGAGCUGGCUCAACGGACCGGUCGAGGACGCCUUCUCGUCGCCCAGGUGGACCAGCACGACCACCUUCUCACCCAGGGCAACAACAGGAGGAGCUCAACAGUAUGCUCACAGCCCCAGAGACCCGGCCGUCGCUACCACCCCACGAUCGGAGCAGCUGCCGGAGUCCAGCGGCUAUGUCUUCCACUCGUCACCUCACUCACAGGCCACCGGGGGCACCACCCAUCAACAGCAGGCCUGGGCCAGCUGGACGCAGAACGGUGCGAGCGGCUCCUUCCGAACUCAGCCGACGUCGGGCACGACGGUCUACUACCCUCUGGCCCCGCUGGCGUCGGCACCGAUCACCCGCAACUCCUCCUCUGGCGACGCUGCGGCCAGCCCCAGCCCGCGGGGCAGCCGUAACACGUCGCCCGCGGCCAUGCUCAGCUCGUUCCGCCAGGGAGCCAUCUCGCGCUCGGCUCCGUCCCUGAUGCCAGGCCAGCAGCCCCCCAACCCGAACAACCACCAUCAGAACAUGCACGCGAACAUGGGCAAAGCCAGCACCAACAGCAACGGAAGCUGGACCAACUCCUCUCCCAGAGGCCUAGCCUCGCUCAGGCAGGGCGCCACUUCGGUCUCGUCGCCGUCGCUCCUGUCAUCGGUGGGCGGCACCCAGUCGGCCUCGGCCUCGCCCGCGUUCCCAUCAUCACUCCACAAGCUCGACAAGCUCCACCGGCAGUGGGUCAUGACCGAGUCCAGGACUCCAACCAACCACUCGACGGCGCUAAUGAUGCAGUCCUCGCCACACUCGUCGCCCAACCCAGAUGCGCCCCACGCGGACCCGCUAGGCAAGAGGAAGCGCGGGCGAGGCAGCCCGGGAGCCAGCGCCGGUGGCGACUUCACGUUCCUCCACCUGCAGGUGGGCAACGACGGGCGGCUCACCAUGGUCAAGGAGCUCAAUUGA